AUGGCGCAAACCGAUGAACUCGCCGUCGUGGAGGGCCACAGCUCUACGCAUCAUCUGGAUCAGUCUCAGCCAGCCGACCUCACAGACUCCGAGGACGAAUUCCCCCCUGAGCCGACCGAUCUAGAUGGCUAUGCCGAGCGAGAGGCUAACAUGGCAACUCUCAACAACUAUCUCCUCGCUCACGCCAACAACGACGACGAGACCCUGACCUCCAACCAUGCGAAGAACGAACGGUCUGACGCGAUUAUCGACCGAGCCCGUGAAUAUCAACAAGAACUGUUUGAAAGGGCAAAGGAAGAGAACGUAAUCGCUGUCCUCGACACUGGGAGUGGCAAAACCCUCAUUGCGGCGUUACUGAUCAGACAUUACCUGCAACAAGAACUGAUCGAUCGAAGUCACGGCAAAUCAGCAAAGAUCGUCUUCUUCCUUGUCAACAGCGUCCACCUUGCUCGACAACAGGCCCGGUUCCUCACCAUCAACCUGUCACAGAACGUCAUCCCCUUGUUCGGCGAGGCCUCGGACAACCUGUGGGAAAGGGUUGAAUGGGACAGAAUCUUUGCUGAAAACAGUGUUGUCGUGUGCACAGCUUCGGUGCUAGACUCGUGCCUCAUGAGGUCCAACCUGAAAAUGGGUCAGAUCUCACUGCUGAUCUUCGACGAAGCCCACCACUGCAAGAAGAACCACCCGUACUCGAAAAUCAUUCGAGAUUACUAUGUCAAGUGGAAAGGUGACAGACCUCGUAUCUUCGGCAUGACGGCAUCUCCUGUCGACUCGAGGCGGGACAUCGAUAAAGUUGCUGAGGACUUGCAGUCACUAUUGCAGAGCAAGAUCGUGACCACGAAUGACCUGUCCGUCUUUGACUUUGCACCUCGAGCCGAGGAUGUCAUAUGGAUGUACCCUCCACUAGAGGCUGAGUUUGAAACUCCUCUAUACUCACAACUCAUGCCCCUAUGCGGCUUGGUGGAGGACUUGCAGCCGACCUUCCGUUUCGCAUACACAGCUUCCCGGAAACUUGGCGCGUGGGCUGCAGAUAGAGUCUGGCAACACGCUAUUCCGACCUCUGAGCACGAAUCCACCGUUAUGCUUCGCAAGUUUGAACGAACCCAGACUUAUAUGGAGAUGCCUGACAACGAGAGCCGUGUGGCAGCUUUGAAAUCAAUCGGCGAGGCCGUCUCGAUCAUACGAAAACAUCGCUUCGAGGCUCCACAGGUCGAUUCGGAUUGUGAUCUAUCUCCCAAAGUGAGGAAGCUUCAUAGCGAACUCAAGGAUCGGUUCGCCCGUGAAGCUACGACUCGGUCAAUCGUAUUUGUCGAGGAACGGAUGACGGCAAUUCUGCUUUGUAGCCUGUUCGAAUCACUUGCUCUCCCAAACCUACGACCCGGCGUCCUCAUGGGUGUCACACCAGAGUCGAAUAUCAGGGGUUCGUGGAAAGACCAAGAGGCUGUCAUGGAGAAGUUCCGCAGAGGAAUCAUCAACAUCAUCUUUGCCACCAGUGUCGCUGAAGAAGGCAUUGACAUACCUCAAUGCAACUUGGUGAUCAGGUUUGAUUUGUAUAAAACACCAAUUCAGUACAUGCAGAGCCGUGGCCGGGCACGGAUGAAGGGCUCUAUUUUUGUUCACAUGGUCGAAAAGGGCAACCAGUCCCAGGAAGCAGAGGUCAAUUUUGCUCUGGAUCAAGAUGACUAUAUAAGGAGGUUCUGUCAACAGCUUCCACCCGAUCGCCUGUUGGGUCAGGGCUCGAAACUGAAGCAGAUGCUGGCCAACGAUGCAAGUUGUCGCAGCUUCGAAACCUCUGCUGGUGUCCUCGUCAACUACUCGAAUUCGCUCCUGCUCCUCAGUCGGUAUGCCGAGUCCCUGAGAAAGGUGGGUGCGGUCUCUUCAGAGGUCUAUGAGGAGAUGAUCGACGUCGAAGAAAACAUGUUUCGGUAUAAAGUUAUAUUGCCUGCCACGGCUGAUGAGCGAACCGCUGCCGUCAAAGGCGCCAAAGGUGAGGCGCGAACAAACAAAACCCUCGCGAAGCGGUCCGCGGCCUGGCAUUGCCUUUUCAGGUUGCGCAAAGCCCAACUGGUGGAUGAAUAUCUCAACAGCAUCUUCUUCAAAGCGAAACCAGCUAAUUUCAAUGCCAAAACCGCCGUCCCCCACGACAAGUACGAAUACGACAGGAAGGUAAAACCGGAUUUCUGGAUUAAGAGUGGUGCCACCUCGCCGACGCUACCAACCACGCUUUUUGUCACCCAUGUCUCCGUUGGGCCAAAAUCACCCUCCUGGUGCACUGAUGGCUUGCUGCUGCUAACACGCACUCCACUUCCAGACAUUCCCACAUUUCCUGCCUUUGUAGACGAUGAUAUCGAGAAACAGGUCCAGUUCAAUCGUCUCAGAGACCCAGUGGCAGUGACGCCGGCUCAGAUCGAAGCACUAACGAAAUUCACUCUUCGCGGUGUGUUCCACGACGUUUUCAACAAAGUCUAUGCUGAGAAAUCGACUUCAAUGAGCUACUGGCUAGCACCUCCAGCAAAAGGAGAGUUGAAGGAGACUUUUGAGUCUGUUGUUGACAUGGACGGGCUUUUAGCGGGGCAACUCGAAGACCGUCAGCGCUGGGAAAAGACCAUCAGCGCGGCAGAGGCAGAGAAGCAGACCGAGAGAUGGUGCAAUGCAUUUCUCGUUGACCCAAGAAGCGGAAGAUACCGCUAUUUCACAGGGAACGUCUUGCCAGGAAAAUCUAUCUGGGACCCUAUUCCAGAAAGUGCAAUGUCGGUCCAGAAGAGAUUAAAGAGCAGCAUCAUCGAAUUCUCCGACAGCACAUGGAAAGUAAAGAGAAAAGAUGCCCAGUCAACCGGCAGGACGUACGAUCCAAAUCAGCCCGUGUUGGUCGCUAAGGUUGCCAUAGCAGGUCGCAAUUUCUUGGAGAAAUGCCGGAAAGAUGUAACGCGGCAAGCCAUAUGCCAUGUCGCUCCUCAACCGCUCGAAUUGGGUCGAAUCUCGUUCUCGGUGGCCGAAGCUUGUCUCCUGUGGCCCUCGAUCCUGCAUCGAUUGGAGGGAUAUUUGAUCGCCCAGGAGGCUCUUGCGAAGCUUGACCUUGGCCAGGUGCCUCUCGACCUUGCUUUGGAAGCUUUCACUCAGGAGGGUGGUUCCCUGAGUGACAGGAAUAAAACCGAGUUACCAACUCUGAAUGAGGCUGAAAUUGAAGCACAGCUCGACGGGAAGGAAUUGGGAGCGGCUAUGAACUAUGAACGACUGGAAUUCAUCGGCGACGCCCUCCUCAAGAUGAUGACCACGAUCACAGUCUUCAACCGCACCACAUGUGACGAAGAAGGAAUGCAUUGUAAACGGAUGGACUUGCUCUCCAACCAACGGCUUUAUGACACUGCAUCUUCUCCUCACUACGAACUUUUUCGCUACAUCCGCUCUGCAGAUGAGCAUUGGCGUGACACCUGGUACCCUGAAUUCUUGGAGCUCGAGAAAGGUCGGAUCAUCAAACUGAAUGACAAGCACCGCAAGCAUGCGCUUGGAAAAAAGACCAUAGCUGAUGUCUGCGAAGCCACUAUCGGCGCAUGCAUCAUGACUAGUCGUCACUUGCCUGCUGAGGAAAAGUUCGACCUCGGGAUCAAGGCCAUCACUACACUCGUAGAACAUCCAGACCACGCCAUCGCCUCGUGGAAAGAGAUCCUCCCAAUUUACAAGCCGGCGCAGUGGGUAGCAGAGUUGAACGACCCAAUUGCAAAUGACAUUGCGGACAAAGUCUUUGAAGCUACCGGCUAUCGUUUCAAACAGCCACGUCUCGCUCGGUCGGCAUUUACUCAUUCCUCGGACCAGCUCUCACCAGUUCAAGACCUUCAACGCCUUGAAUUUCUGGGUGACGCUUGCUUGGAUUGGGUAUGCGUGUGGUGGUUAUUUUCCACAAAUACGACUCGUGGUCCUCAAUGGUUGACCGAGCACAAAAUGGCCAUGGUGUCGAACAAAUUCCUCGCCGCGUUGGCGGUUGUCCUAGGAUUCCACAAACUGGUCUACGCUUCUAGCAUCGGUGUUCACGAUGAUAUAGCCCGCUAUGCAUCCAAAGUCCAGAAUGCCUUCGAAGAGGAGGACGUGGACCGCGAUUUCUGGACCCGAGGGGCAUUUGAAGGCCACGUACCAAAAGUCCUGGCUGACCUCGUCGAGAGUUAUCUGGGCGCUGUACUCGUCGACUCUGGAUUCGACUAUCGCGAGAUUGAGAAUUUCUUUGAGAAGCAUGUAAAAUGGUUCUUCGAGGAUAUCGAGGCCUACGAUACCUUUGCAAAUCGACAUCCAACCACGUACGUCCGUUGUCUGGUUGACCAAAAAUUCCAGUGUCGAAAGAGUUCGCUCGUUGUCCGGGAAAGUCCGGUGGAGCCCACCACAGACGCCUUGAGAGACAAGAAACAAGGCGACGACCCAGACGACACAUUGAGAGGACCAAAUGGCGAUGAAGCUGUGUCUGGGGUGGUGAUGCACGCAGCUUGGAUCGUGCAUAGGAAUGUGGUGGCCGUGGCCAAAGGACGAGGAGCGAAAUACGUCAAGGUCCGAGCGAGCGAGAGGGCUCUGAAGGAGCUGGGCACAUUGACAGGGGACGAAUUCCGGAGUCGGUGGAAUUGCGACUGUGCGAGGAAACGGACCAACACUACAGAGUGCGAUGGUUAG